AUAAAUGUAUCAUCUACAAAACAUUUAUGCAAAGAAAAAUCUAGUGUAUAAUGUCCCUUUAAGUCUAGCUCUAAAAUAGAUUGCCAAGGUUUAAAUCGCAAGAUUAAAUAGUAGAGGAGAGAUUAGGCAUCCCUUUCGAGUACCUUUCUUCAAUUGGAAAUUCUCUGAUAUACCACCAUUAACUAGUACUAUUGAGAAUGCAUUAGAAUGUGUCAUGUGAAUCCAAACUUCCCAUAUUUAAAGUUAAUCAGAAACAUUAUUUAUUAUUAUCUCUAAAACAUUCAAUAUACUUUUUACAGACACGGCCAAAGCACUAAGAGAUAUCGGGUAUUGAUAUAACUGGAGUGAAUUAGGAAACGUUCUUCCUGAGCACAGACACUGGAGCCUGUUAUCAGCAUGAACUCAUAUGUGUUAGACAAACAUGUGAAUAGUUCAUAUCCAUCCUUCACUACAGGAAGCAUCAGAAUGAUACCGCAGACUCCAACAUUUUUAGACACUAAAGACUUUUCACAAACAUUGGGAAAAUCACAGCAGAUAUUUAAAGGAGAUGGUGAAUUAUCAGGAACUAGGCAGCAAUCAUUAUGUACAGAGAGUAAUUUAGUCAUCAAACAAGAAGACAAUAUUUAUGCCUUAUCUAGUGAAAUAAUUAUCGCAGAGGAUAAACCACACACAUUUACUGAGAGUUCAAAACAUUUUAAAGAAGGUAAAAGUCUACAGUCUAGCCAAAUGAUUCUUGCAAAGGAGAAACCUUUCAAAUGUACAGAAUGUGGAGUACAGUUUACACAAAGCUCCAGUCUCUUAACCCACAAAAGGAUUCACGCAGGAGAAAACCUUUUCAUAUGUACAGAAUGUGGGAACAUUUUUUCAGGCAAGUCAAGUUUCCUAACACAUCAACUUAUUCACACAGAGGAGAAACCAUUCACCUGUACUCAAUGUGGAAAACGUUUUAAACUAAAGGGUAACCUGAAAACUCAUGAAAGGAUUCACACGGGAGAAAGACCUUUUAUAUGUACAGAGUGUGGAAACUCUUUUACAGAAAAGAGUACUCUGAAAACUCAUGAAAGGAUUCACACAGGGGAAAAGCCUUUUACAUGUACAGAGUGUGGAAAAGUUUUUACAGAAAAGAGAAGUCUGAAAACUCAUGAAAGGAUUCACACAGGGGAAAAACCGUUCACAUGUACAGAGUGUGGAAAAAGUUUUAUACGAAUGGGUGGUUUGAAAAGUCAUGAAAGGAUUCACAUAGGGGAAAAGCCUUUCACAUGUACAGAGUGUGAAAAAAGUUUUACACAAAUGAGUUGUCUGAAAAGUCACGAAAGGAUUCACACUGGGGAAAAACCGUUCACAUGUACAGAGUGUGGAAAAAGUUUUAUACAAAUGGGUGGUUUGAAAAGUCAUGAAAGGAUUCACAUAGGGGAAAAGCCUUUCACAUGUACAGAGUGUGGAAAAAGUUUUACACAAAUGAGUUGUCUGAAAAGUCAUGAAAGGAUUCACAUAGGGGAAAAGCCUUUCACAUGUACAGAGUGUGGAAAAAGUUUUACCGAAAAGAGUCAUCUGAAAAAUCAUGAAAGGAGUCACACAGGAGAAAAGCCUUUCACAUGUACAGAGUGUGGAAAAGGUUUUAUAAAAAAGAAUCAUCUGAAAACUCAUGAAAAGAUUCACACAGGAGAAAAACCGUUCACAUGUACAGAGUGUGGAAAAAGUUUUACACAAAAGAGUAAUCUAACUACUCAUGAAAAGAUUCACACAGGAGAAAAGCCGUUCACAUGUACAGAAUGUGGAAAAAGUUUUACACAAAUGGAUAGUCUGAAAACUCAUGAAAGGAUUCACACAGGAGAAAAUCCUUUCAAAUGUACAGAGUGUGGAAAAAGUUUUAAACAAAAGGGUAAUCUGAAAACUCAUGAAAGGAUUCACAAGGGAAGAAACUUUUCACAUGUUUAGAAAGUAGAAGAAAAAGAUUUCCAUUGAAGUCAGGUAUCACAAAGCACCAAAUAUUUACACACAAAUAAACUUUAUAUACACAGUGCACAAACCUUUUUACAAUUAUCCUAAAGAGGGCGAACUCUCUAAAUAGAAGCAUCAAAAGAGAUGUUAUUGUAAAUAAUACUUUCUAAAUCCCAGUUAUAAAAGCCCCAUAUUGGAAGCGC